GUAUCGAAAAACUUGCAUAAUACCGCAGCGGUUUUGUUUUAGAUUGUUUUGGUUCAGUUUUAUUACACGGCACCUGUCAUUUUAUUUUGUUAUCCCUAUUAGACAUUUGUUGUCUUACUUCUCAGAUCAGUCAAUUCCAAUUGGCAUAAUCCAUAAACAUUGAACUUCACCAAUGAUCCGUCCGGCUAUUGCCCUCAAACGAUUCCAAUUUUACCUGUUUACUUUGGAAGCCGCGUGAGUGCUAUAAAACCUUUGGCAUUUUGAAUUUACUCUACAAACAAGGAAGUCCUAUUUGACAGCUAGAUGACCGAUGGCAGUGUUUUAUUAUCUUUAAAAUGGCAACACCGGACGCUGGAGGUGGUGCCGCGCGGGCUACAAACGCGUCUAUUCCCGAUCGGCCCCGCCCCGAGGUUAUUUAAAUAUACCGUGACGUAUUAACGUCAGAACUACACCAUUAAUACAUUUCCACCAUCUGUCAAGAACAGAAGCACCUCUGUAUUGACAAACGCGAUGCUAAAAAUAGGGAAAAUGGUUUUGUUAUUAAACUAAUCUAGAAGGCGCGAAUAAUAUGCUACUAGUGCUGCUAUUUCUUGAUCACGUUAUGGAAAUAUAGUGUUUGCUGAAAAUGUCCUGUGACGAAAUAGUAUCGCAUAUGACAAAUAUCAUUAGCACAGCUUUAAGAAAGGGUGGAAGAGUUUUAAGUUAUCCUCGACGACUGUGCAAUUUCAUAGUGCACGAGCGAUGCGUGGGGCAUGUGGUAACGCCGUGCUGCGGGGUGGCGCCGAGCCUCAUCAAGAACCCAGUGGCUCACUGUUGGUCAGAGCCGACUCACCACAAAAGAAAGUUCUGCACCGUGUGUCGAAAGCGGCUUGAUGAACUGCCAGCUUUGCAUUGUAUGAUAUGCGAGUACUUCGUUCACGGAGAAUGCGUGGACUUCGCGGCAGCGGACUGCAAAGAAAACGCAACAUACUGUGCCGGCAGCGAGCCCCGGCACGUGCACCACUGGCGCGAGGGCAACCUUCCUGCCAACUCCAAGUGCACGGCCUGCCGCCGAGCCUGCUGGUCCACAGAAUGCCUCACCGGCUACCGCUGCGAGUGGUGUGGCAGCACGUGUCACGCUGGCUGCCGAGCACUUAUACCAGAAGAAUGCAACUUCGGCGCAUUGCAGCCGAUCUUCCUGCCUCCGUCUGCAGUGUCAAUUCCCCGGACGGAGGUACCUAUGGAGGCCAUCAUCGGCGUGCACGUGCGCCCGCCUCCAUCACAGCGAGACUUUGGAUGCCCGCGGCGACGCGGAGGCUGGGCGCCGACGCGGCUCGUGACGCUGGCGCGUCGCUUGCUGCCGGCCGCCUGCAGUCCGCACGGAGGCGCUUCGCCCCCGUACUCAAGAGCUCGAAGCGUAAGCGAGGAGUUCAGCUCCGGGUGCGAGGGCCGUUCGGGCUCCGGCGGCGGCUCCACCGGCGCUCCCGCCGAUCAGGACCACCGCCCUGACCAUAAACAACAUCGUGACCGGACUCCGGAUGAUAGAGAUGAAGAAGUCGUAAAAGUGUAUGACGGAGAAGCGGCAUGGUCGCGUCGACUGUAUCGGCCUGUAGUCGUGGGGCGGAACUUCAGUGAACGAGAGCUGGUCGCAGCUGCGUUGCGUGCCUUCCACGUAGCUCGCGAGCCCGAGCAAUUCGAGCUGACUGACGCGCUUGCUGGAGACGAGCCUCCUUUGCGCGACCCUACGCCUCUCGCUCGCGUGACUCGUCUGCCCAAUAAGAGACCUGCACUAUUUCUGCGUUUCAAUGAGGGUCGUUGCACCAGGGAGCCGGAGACGGGUGGUGGCGAGGUGCGCGUGUACCCGGGCCGAGUGGCCGGCGCUGGCGAUGCAUUCGUGACGGUGACGUGCGCCGGCGAGCACACCGUGGCCGACCUCAUGGCGUCCGCACUCGAGCGCUUCGGACUCGACCCUGCGCACGCCACGCUCGACUACCGCUGCUCCGAGAUCCUACUUGAUCGCGGGGUGUCGGAGCGCGUGCUGGAGGAGGACGAGCGUCCGUGGCGCAUCCUAGUGCGGCUGGCGCGCGAGUCUGUGCGGCGUAUGGAGCUGGCUCGGUUCUACCUGCAGCCGCGGCGCGACCCCCACGGGCCUACGCUGGCGCUUUUCGUGGCGUCACUGCCGCCUGGCUUGUCCGAGAGGAACUAUGAGAACAUCCUGGUCGAGUUCCUCGGUGCCGAGAACAAGUUCACAUCAAUCGGCCCAAUCUAUUAUGAAUAUGGAUCAAUGGUAAUCACAUACGAGGACGCCAGCAAGGCAGUGCGCGCCCUCUACGCGCUCCGAGAGGCCAAAUAUGAAGAUAAGCAUUUAUUAGUGAUGCUGUUACCCAGCAUCGAACCGUCGAUGGUGCCAUCCGGCGUAAAGCCGUUGCUGGUGUUCGUGAAUGUCAAGUCUGGCGGUUGUCAGGGACUUGAACUUAUUUCUUCUUUCCGUAAACUCCUCAACCCUUAUCAAGUCUUCGAUCUGGAGAAUGGAGGACCAUUACCGGGAUUGUACGUGUUUCGCCAUAUUCCGAACUACAAAAUUCUUGUAUGUGGCGGUGACGGUACCAUCGGUUGGGUGCUGCAAUGCCUCGACAACGUGGGACAAGACUCACAGUGUUCAAACCCACCAUGCGCGAUAGUGCCUCUUGGAACCGGUAACGACCUAGCCCGCGUGCUACGCUGGGGCUCGGGUUACACGGGCUGCGAGGACCCGCUGUCGCUGCUGCGUGAUGUCAUCGAUGCGGAAGAGAUCCGCCUCGACCGUUGGACCGUGGUCUUCCAUCCCGAGGACAAGCAGGACGAACCCAAGGAACUGUCUAAGCAACUACCGGGUUCCCAGAGCGAAGAUAAUUCUCAAAUUCUCGUUAUGAACAACUACUUCGGGAUCGGCAUCGAUGCUGACCUCUGCCUCGACUUCCACAAUGCUCGUGAAGAAAAUCCUAACAAAUUCAACAGCAGGUUGCGCAACAAGGGCGUCUACGUUAAAAUGGGCCUACGUAAGAUGGUAGGACGCAAAAUGUGCAAGGACUUGCAUAAGGCAGUUAAGCUCGAGGUGGACGGGAAGCCUGUCGACUUGCCUGCCGUCGAGGGCAUCAUCAUAUUGAAUAUUCUUAGCUGGGGGUCAGGCGCCAAUCCAUGGGGUCCGGAGAAAGAUGAUCAGUUCAACAAGCCUAACCACUGGGACGGUAUGUUGGAGGUGGUGGGUGUGACCGGUGUUGUUCAUCUCGGGCAGAUCCAGUCCGGCCUGCGCGGUGCCAUGCGGAUAGCACAGGGUGGUCACAUAAAGAUCAACCUGCGGAGCGAGAUCCCGGUGCAAGUGGAUGGAGAGCCGUGGGUGGCGGCACCCAGCGAGGUGGUCGUGCUCAAAUCCGCGCUCAAGGCCACCAUGCUGAAGAAACGCGGUAAAGUACGGCGACGCAGCACGGAACCGGUGCUGGCGCCCCCCGCGCCGCCCGCGCCUCCCGCGCCGCCGCCCCCCCGCGCCCCGCCCGACUCCUGAAUCUGGCUCAGCGAGCGCCUCAUCUGACGCCUCGGGCUCAGGGCCUGUCACCGGGCGCUCGCCGGGAAGAGAUUCCCACCAGUAGUUGUAGAAUGUUCUAUAAUGUACUAUCGUGAAUAUGUAAAUAAAUUAUUAACAAAGAAAUAAUAUAUAACUAUAAUUGAAAAAAAAAAUAAAUUUAUAGCCAUUAGAAGUUGUUUCAUUUACAUAUAGACUCGUAUGUUUUGAGAAUGUGUAAAAACAAAAAUUUAAAUAUGUAAUAGUGUAUUUUAUUGAAUGUCUGUGUUCCGAAAUGUGUUUGUAAUUCUAUCAUUUUCGAUUUGUCACAAAAUUACAUUGACUUUAGAAAUUAACCUAUAAAUGAAUAUAGUAUGUAAUAAUGCAUAUAUGUUUGAAACUUUUUUGUUGUUAUAAAUAGUAAAACACAUUUGUUUC